AUGGCAUUAGCUGAUAGAAGACCAUUGGAUUUCCCUGUUACUUCACCAACAACCAUUUCACCAUCAUUCCAUGCUAAAUCUUUAGAUAGUACAGGUACUAUUUAUAAUAAUGGAAUUAUUGAUGAUGAUUUAAUUAUUGAUGAAGAAUUAGGUAAUCUUGAUGUUAAUGAUGUUCAAGAUCUUGAAUUACAAGAUGAUGAUGAAGAUGAUGAUAUGAGUGAUCAAAUCAAUGAAAUUAAUCAUCAAAUUAGUCAACAAAAUGAAGAUUUAGAUGAAGAGGAUGAUAGAUUAUCAAUUAAUUCUGAUUCUUUAAGUCCAAUUGAUAAUUUAACUCCAACUUCAAGAAGUAUUAGCCCAGAUUCUUUAAUGAAUUCUGAUCAAAAAUUAACUUCAAAUAGUUCAAGAUCUUCAACCCCAAAUGGAUCAGGAUCAGGAUCAGGAUCUAUUUAUAAAAAUCAACCAAUUAAGGUUCAACCAAAUGUAAAUUUAUCAAAUAAUUCAAAUAAUAUUGUGAAAAAACCAAAAAAUACUUCAAGAGUUCCAAUUGCUACCGGGAUUUCAACUACCAUUCCUGUUACUGGUGAAAAACCAAGACCAAGUCAAAAGGAUGAUGCUUCUUUAGAAGAUGAUGUCCUUUUCGCAAUCUUUUUAAUCUUAUACGAAAAAGAUCCUGAAGGUAAAGGUAUGACUGUCAAACAAAUUUGUGAUAUUUUAAUUGAUCGUCAUCCUGAAAUGGCCAAUUUAUCAACUAAAACUUCUAAUUUAGUUUCUGCUAAAUUAAAUGCUUAUGUUAAAAGAGUUGAAAAAGGUGAUUCUUCAUUGAAAUACGCUUUAUCAAGAGAUUGGGCCGAUGCCUCACCAAAAAGAAUGGUUUAUGUUUAUAGAGGUUUAUUAACUGAUGAUUUCCAUAUUCAUGUUAAAUCAAUGAUGGAAAAUCAAAAACAACAAGACAAGAAAAAUCAAUCAUUACAAAAUAAUCAAAAUUCAAGUUUCACCAAUUUAUCAAAUUCUUUAAAUAUUGAUGAAGAUGAUUCUUUUGAAGCUGGCAAAAAAGCAAGUUUGAAACCAAGAAGACAAACAAUGUUUGAUUUAGGAAUCAAUAGAAAUUCUUUCUUAAGUUCUUCAAUGGAUAAGAAUAAUUUAUUUGUUCCUUAUAGUUCAGCUCCUGUUACUGCUUCAUUAAAAGAUAAAUUAUUAAAGAAACCUGAAACUGAUGAAAUUGAUAAUGCUAUCAUUGAAGAUCAAGAAAAUGAUCAAGAAAAUGAUGAACAAGAUCAAGAAAAUGAUGAUGUUGAUGAUAAAAAAUCAAUUUUUGAAGAUUUCGAAGUUUUCGAUAAUGCUUCUGAAUCAUAUAUCGAAACUAUUAAGAAAAAUGGUAAAAGAUCAAAAUCCAUGUCUUAUUUAACCAAUAAGAAGCAUAAGAUUUUAACUGCUGCUGCUGCCGCUCCUCGUGCUCCUAAAACUCCUUGUAGUCAUAGUCCAAAUGCCGCUGCUGCUGCUGCGGCUUUACAUGCUGCGGCUUUAAAAGCUAUCAAUGGAGAUAUUACUAAAUCUGAUUUAAUCAAAGCCAAUAAUAUGAAAUGGUUAAAUGUCAUUAGAUCAGGUUUCUUAUCUCAAGAUAUUGGUACUCCUGAAGAUAUCAGUUUAUCUGAUUUGGAUAAGUAUUUUUAA